CCGAUGGGCACUCCUUGGUCUGCUGAAUCCGAGGACCCAUGGACAUCUCUCGGUGCACCUGUGGAAUAAUGCGCCCCGAACGUCUCCGGCCUGUCCGCAAGCGGCAAUCCACGGCACGUGGGUGGCAGCAGCCAAGCCUCCGAUCGACGCCUGUUCCUGGCCAGAGCCCAUCUUUUAAUGCUCCGUCAGCACAACGUUGCUCAACACCACACUCCUCAACACCACAAUCCCAUCCUAGCCUGUUUCCCAUCAGAAUCCGCCUUCUGCUGGAAUUUCCUUCUCCUUCCAAGCCGCCGCACUUUUGCGUUCCCACUCUUCGUCGCUCCCUAAGCUUGCGCAUCCGCAUUCGGCGCAAUGUACGUCAGUCGAGCUGCCUCCCGGGCAGCGCCCGCUGUGCUUCGAGCCGGCGUCAGAACCGCUGGACGGCCGCAUCGACAGCUUCCCAAGAGCCUUCCCGCCAUUGCCUUGCUUCUUCCGCGCCGCACCAUGUCGACCGAGACUUCAACGUCAUCCAAUUCCGGCGGCAAUUUCCCGCCUCCCGGAUUCAAUCCCGAGCAAGCGAAGAAGCCUCUCCCAAAAGAGGAGCAGCAGAAGCCGCAGGAGAAGUCCACAAGCGCGGGGACGGAUAUCAAAAUUCCUAGAGAUCAACCAACAGGAAGCCCGAAGACCAAGGCGCAGGAGGCUCGGACUCUCUCAGAGUUAGCGUCGGAGAAAGCGGCAGCGGAGAAUAAGGAGGAAAAGAAGGCGUUGGCGAAGAAAGAAGAGGAAAAGAAGAAGCUCACAGUCUGGCAGAAGGUGAAGAAGGAGGCGGCCCAUUACUGGGACGGCACGAAGCUGCUCGCAGCAGAGGUCAGGAUCAGUACAAAGCUAGCUUUGAAGAUGGCGGCCGGAUAUGAGCUUACAAGGCGAGAGAACCGUCAGUUGCAAAGGACUGUCCAGGAUCUCGGACGCUUAGUUCCCUUCUCCGUCUUCAUCAUCGUCCCCUUGGGAGAAUUGUUCCUCCCAAUAGCUUUGAAGCUCUUCCCCAAUCUCCUCCCUAGCACCUACGAAGGUCAGUCGGCCAAAGACGCAAAGGCGAAGACCCUUCGAUCCACCCGGAAGGAAGUUAGCAACUUCCUUCGCCAGACUCUGAAGGAGACGGGAUUGCCAAUUUCAGCCGAGAGCGCGCAGAGAGAGGAGUUCGCCGAGUUCUUCCGCAAGGUCCGAACUACUGGCGAAUCCCCCUCGCAGGACGAGAUCAUCAAGGUUUGCAAGAUCUUCAAAGACGACUUGACGCUCGACAACCUUUCAAGACCACAGCUCGUUGCCAUCUGCCGGUACAUGAACAUGGCAUCCUUUGGCACAGACAACUUCCUGCGCUACCAGAUUCGGGUCCGUAUGCGCCAGAUCAAGCGCGACGAUAGGGCCAUUUCUUUUGAAGGCGUCAACUCUCUCUCCGUGCCCGAACUUCAGAGCGCUUGCGCAAGCCGUGGCCUCCGCACCUAUGGCGUCUCCCCUGCACGGUUAAGGGAGGAUCUCCAGACAUGGCUUGACCUGCGCCUGAAGUAUGGCGUACCGUCCACGCUCCUCGUCCUGUCCAACGCUUUCGUCUAUGCUCAAGGCAAGGAAUCCGAAAUGACGUCCCAGAUUGACGCCCUUCAAGCCGUUCUAUCUAGCAUUCCGGAGGAGCUGUUCCACGAGAUCGAGCUCGAGGUCCACACCGCCGAAGGCGCAGCAACCAACAAGCAGCGUCUUGAAGUCCUUAAGGAGCAGCAAGAGCUCAUUGAAGAAGAAAAUUCGCAGACUAAAGACCAUGAGAACAAGGCUACCGCCUCACCCAAGGACACGGAGAACAUUGACGAAGAUGACAAGCCGAAGCGGAAAGAGGAAUCUGAGGAAGAGAGUAUGGAAGCAGAGGCUAGCACAGGUGAUACUACUGGGAGUACAGGCAGCGCGGAGCGCACGGAGCAGGAUCAGCGCGCUUCAGAGGGCGAGAAGGAGCCCUCGAGAGAGGAGCUCAAGGCAGAUGCGGGAGGCUCCAAGAAGGAGUAACAGGCAUACUCUUGCAAAUAUUCUCUGCUUUGUGUAAAUAGAUCUGGACUCCAUUCACAGCGUGUGCCGAGUUGAUUAUUGAACAACCUCGGACUCAGAACAUCAUAUAGAAAAUACCCACAUCACCGUCGGCAAAGGUGAAAAUAUAGACCAUGUACAAAUAGCAUCUCAGCUGCUGAUUCAU